GGGAUUUUUUUAAGAUGGGGUCGCAAGAAAAAGUUGCAUGUCGCUCUUGGUCUCCUUUGCAAACUGCAAUCGCAUGCCAGUCUCCGGCGAGCGCCGCUGGGCUCGGGCUCCGGCUGCUGGAGUCCGGCAAGAGGAGGGCUGGAGGGGCUUUUCCCCCUCUCUCUCCCUUUUUUUUUUUAAAUCUGAUGCAUGCAUUUGAUCCCGAUGAGUGUCGGCUGCGUGGGGGGCUCUGUCUUUUCAGUGCCCCCCGCACUAAAGCCUGGGCGGGUUGAGGAGGAGGAGGAGGAGGAAGAGAGGAAGCUAAAGGGGGGAGCUCAUUUUCUUCCUUGCAGACGGAUCGCUGGCUGGAUUGCAAUUCGCCAAGGGAGCAUGAUUGUUGAACAACACCUUGCGCGCAACAUCUGUGCUCUGCUAUCUCUGGAGAUGGACAGAUGUCAGGGGAAGCACCGACAGUACAUACAGAGAAUGGCGGAGCCUCGCUUUAACAACCCCUACUUCUGGCCGCCCCCUCCCACCAUGCCCAGCCAGCUGGACAACUUGGUUCUGAUCAAUAAAAUCAAGGAGCAGCUGAUGGCAGAGAAGAUCCGGCCCCCUCACCUGCCCCCAACCUCGGUGUCCUCCCAGCAGCCCCUGCUGGUGCCCCCCUCGCCUGCGGAGAGCAGCCAGUCCAUCAUGUCCCUCCCCAAACUGCAGCAGGUCCCAGGGCUGCACCCACAGGCCGUCCCCCAGCCUGACGUGGCCCUGCAUGCCCGGCCGGCCACCAGCACGGUCACAGGUCUGGGGCUGGCCUCCCGUGCCCCCGCGGUCAGCACCUCGGAAUCCAGCACUGGCACCAGCACCCCCUCCACCCCAACCUCCACCAGCCAGAGCAGACUCAUCGCUUCCUCGCCCACCCUCAUCUCAGGGAUCACCAGCCCCCCACUCCUGGACUCCAUCAAGACAAUCCAGGGCCACAGCCUGCUGGGGGCGCCCAAGUCAGAGCGAGGGCGGAAGAAGAUCAAGGCGGAGAACCCGUCGGGGCCGCCCGUCCUCGUGGUGCCCUACCCCAUCCUGGCCUCAGGCGAGACCGCUAAAGAGGGCAAAACCUACAGGUGUAAAGUCUGCCCCCUUACCUUCUUCACCAAGUCGGAGAUGCAGAUCCACUCCAAGUCACACACAGAGGCCAAACCCCACAAGUGCCCGCACUGCUCCAAAUCCUUCGCCAACGCCUCCUACCUGGCCCAGCACCUGCGCAUCCACCUGGGCGUGAAGCCGUAUCACUGCUCCUACUGUGAGAAAUCCUUCCGCCAGCUCUCCCAUCUCCAGCAGCACACCAGAAUUCACACUGGCGACAGACCCUACAAGUGCCCACACCCUGGCUGUGAAAAGGCUUUCACGCAGCUCUCCAACCUCCAGUCACACCAGCGACAGCACAACAAGGAUAAGCCCUACAAGUGUCCGAACUGCUACCGGGCGUAUUCGGACUCGGCAUCGCUGCAGAUCCACCUCUCCGCCCACGCUAUCAAGCACGCCAAGGCCUACUGCUGCAGCAUGUGUGGGAGGGCCUACACCUCGGAGACGUAUUUGAUGAAGCACAUGUCCAAACACACCGUGGUGGAACACCUAGUGAGCCAGCACUCGCCUCAAAGGACGGAGUCACCCAGCAUCCCAGUGCGGAUCUCACUCAUCUAAUCUGGGGCUUCCUUGCCCACCCCUACCCUGCGCAGCUCUCCUCCCCCCAAUUCCGGAUCGCCAGGGGGCAGCUUGGAGACGAUCACACGGACCACCACCCCCCAGCACCGCCACCGAGUGCCCGCGCCUGCCGAGUCACGGGGAGCGACUGUGAAGACACUCAUCUUUUGGGAGAAAUUAAUGAAUGAAUUAAUGUUUGGAAAACACCCCUCGGCCCUGGCCCCACCCCCAGCACCCUGCCGGGAGAGCCAGGGACUCGUCCACAGUUUUGGUGACAUCCAAAGACUAUUUCAGAGCACUUUGAAUCUCUGUUUGAUUCCUUCAUUUUCUUUCUUUUUUUCCCUUCUUUCUGCCCCAUCCUCCGUACUCCUUUCUGCUCUCUUUUGGAUACAAGUAGAGAGAGAGGGAUAGAGAGAUAUAUAUAUAUAUUGGCCAAGAAGUUGGUGCUGCUAAAACCGAAAACCCAAACUGGACAGAGAAGCGCUGGAUGGCGUGGCAGGCAGGAUCCAGGGCCUGGCGCUCGGGCCCCUUCAGCCUCAGGAUGAGACUCUGGGACGUACCCAGCCUGGCGCUUGGUAUCUGCUGCCCCUCCUGGACUCUCCGUUGGGAGCCAGCGUGAGGCCAGUUGAGGAGGGAAUGGGUUAACCUGUUGGCUGGAGAGGUGGGAUCUGCUGGCGCGGGGACAGGUGCUGGAGCAGCAGCCGCAAGAGGGAGACCUUUGUUCCACAGACGUCGCUGUUCCCCACUGGGGCUCGUCCCUCUGCCACUUUGUCUAACCUCGUUGGGACGUUUUGGUUGUUUCCUUUUGUUUGUUUCAUUUGUCCCGGUUGGAGCUGCACAGGACUGGCUGUCCCUGCGGCCACGCCAUGGUCCGUGCACAUUUCCCCGGCGGCGCGAGGAAUCGCUGCUGGGGCUGCGCCCAGCUGGGGGUAAGUGUGGUGGCUGCCGGAGGAGGCGCUCAGCCUACGACAGGGACACAGCUGGGGCUGGCCAAGUUCAUGGAGAGCAGGGCUGGUCAUGCCUGUGUGGAAUCCAGAGAUGCAGCCCAUGAAGACCACAGGUCCCAGCAUGCCGUGCUCUAGUGUGAGCUAAGCAGUAUCCCGCCAGAUCGGGAAAGCACAUUGCCUGCUGGGAGCUGUAGUCUGUAGGAUUGGGGCAGGAGUCGGGCAGACUGUGGCCAGUUCUGGUAUAGGCCCAGCUGUGGGGCUCCCCUUUCCAGACUCCAGCUCUGCUAGGCCAGCCAUGGUGUAUGGGAGUGGAGGAGCACUUUGGUCAUGGUGCUGAGGAUCUGGGUGGGGGGGUUGGGAGCCUCAGCUGCCCACGAUCUGCUACCUCCCCCCGAGUCCACCUGGUGCUAACUAGGGAUUGUCCUGAGCUAUGAAGGGGCGUUCGCUACAGAAGAGCGAGUGUGAGAGGUGGGUGCAGGGGGCUCGCUGCAGGUUAUGCUCUUUGACGUGGAUUACUUUUCAAUCUCUCUUCCCCACUAUGGGCAUCUAGGGCUGCUGCUCCGGAAGCCCGGGCACCACAGCAACCUACCAGGGUUUCCAGAGUAGCGGCAGCCUGGGGUCUCCUCUCUCACCAUUACCUCCUGGAUCCUGUGUUUGCUUAUCAAGGGGCUGGGCCCCAGGCAGAGUGUUGCAUGUGGGAGAGGGGAGUCCGCCCCAUGGGAAAGCUCCCUCCAGACCCCCAGCUACCACCCCCUGCGCAAUGCAGUACAGCGGGCUCCUACACGCCAGCUCUGGCCCUCCCAGCUAAGGGUUCCCUUAACUCUGCUCCUCCCUCCAGGUUCCCAGCAGGGCACUGGCAAGCGCUUUCUGCACCUUCACAGGAUUCACAUAGAAACCUCGUCUGGUGCCGGUCCCUGCCUCUCGCUGGGUCCCUGAACCCUGCGGCGAGGCUAGCGCUGGCUCCGUGCCCUGGGUCUCUGGGGCUUUGGAGCAGUCCGUUGCUGUGGCGCCUGCCGUGUCUGUGCAGGAUGGUAGUGAGCCCACCUGCAGAGCACCUGUUGGCGGGCACAGUAACAGCUGGAGACAGCUGCCUGGGGCAGGGACUCCCACGCCAGCCCGCAGAUGCGCCUGGGGGCUGGCCUGGUGCUCAUUGGAAGAGCUGCUGGCGGGGCACAGCUCCCAUUCGCCCUGUGCACACGAGGGCCUGUGACUGGCUCCAUUUCUGACCAGCUGCACCUGUCAGCACUUCCGAUGAAGUGAGCUGAAGCUCACGAAAGCUCAUGCUCAAAUAAAUUGGUUAGUCUCUAAGGUGCCAAAGUCCUCCUUUUCUGUCAGCACAAGUCACUUGUUCUGAACUUGGCUGACCCUACCUGGGCUCAGCCGGCACCGUGGUUUGGGCUUUAGCUUGUGCUGUGUGAAACAGGGCCGGUUAGAAUUAGAUUUGAGGGUCACUUGCAAAUGGCUGUAUUGAGCACAGUAGGGCUCUGCAGGACUUGGGGAGAUGAGCAGGAGAGUGCAGGGGACAGCCUGUGUUGCCCCUGCUCCCUGUUGCUGGCAUCGGAGGUGAGCUGUGACAUUAGCACCGCUUGGAUCUGAAAUUCUGAUCUGUUGGGGUCUGAUUCUGCUGCCAUGACAAAGCUCUUCCAGAGGUUAGUGGGGCAGGAUCAGACCGUGAGCCCUCCUGGGAUGCAGGUAACAAACCAGCUCCCUCCCGAGCAAACUAAAGCACUAAAGGGGAAGAGGAAAGUCUGUGUGCCCUGGGGGCUAUGCCCAGUAGCAGGGACUGGCAGUGCCUGAGGGGGUUGGCUCGCUCUGUCCUGGGACCGUGUGCCUGGUCAGACAAGCAAUGGGAGAAACGCAGAGAGGUCUGUAUUUCCGGAGCGGCGUUCCUUCCCCACCUCCCCGGCACCGCCUGGAAAUCAGCCCCCCAGCAGUGCAGUCCCAUGGCAGGGACCUUGGAGCAAGCUUAGGAGGGAGAAAUCCAGCAACGUGAGACACGAGGCCCUUCUCUUCCCUGGGGUCACCCCACUGGGUACAGUAGAGGUACCCCAGGCAUGGAUCCCACUGCCCUCCAUGUGAUUCCCUCAGGACAGCUGGGGCACCAGCUUGAUCUCUGGCCUUUGGGGGCACUGGGCUGUUUUGGGAGCUGCAGAGCCCGCUCUCAGGCCAGAUGGACCGGAGGGGGAUUCCCCUAGCCGAAGCAAAUGCAGCAGGAAGAAUGAUUCGCCAUGUGUAAAUACCUCCAGUGCAGCAGCUUUGGAGGGGCCUGGCCCAGCCGGAGUCAAUGAGGGCAGCGUUUCUUGGGCGGGAGCUCAGAGCUAGGUCAGCUCAGCAGGGCCACGGUAGGGUCUAGGUAGGAGCUGGGACUGAUGGAGAGCUCACCACUGCUCCAACUAGAAGCACUGGCUGGCUGCUCACACGCUAACCCAGCUUCUCCCAGCAGGAGGCGCUGUGCAUUGCCAGAGAGAACAUCCUCCCAAGCAGGAGGUGAUACAGCUGUCUGUGGCCACUGAAGCCUUUCACUGCCAGAACAGAAACCCUCCCAACCAUGAGAGAUUUAUAAAAGCAGAGUGGAUCUAGCCCAUCCCUCUCCCCUCCCAGCAGCAAACCAUAGAUCCCUUCCUGUUGAGUGAAACCAAUUCAAUAUAGUAUUAAAGCAGCAAGCAGAUGGGCUUGCCCAGCUCCUUGCCAGCCUCCCUGUUUGGAAAGCCAUGCCCAUGCCUGUGUGUGGAUGGAUGGAUACAUGGAGUUAUAUGUGUGUGUGCGUGUGUGUGUGUAUACACACAUAACACCUAUGUAUAGAGAAGGAAGAAUGCCCCACCUCCCUCAGCCCUCCAAAAAAGACUAGACAAAAACUCAUAUAUAUUAUGUACUCUUUGGUUCCGUUUUGGAUAUUAACUGUGUUAUUUUUAUACACUUUUUAAGCCUUAACUAUAUCAUUGUUUUACCAGGUUGUUUGUUUAUUGCCUACUCUGUUUAUUAAUUUGAUUCUCUUUUUACCCUGCCCUCUGCCCUGACCUUUGUUUCUGAAUUGAUGUUGUACGAUAUUCAAUAUUGUAACCUUUUUGUCAGCAUGUUAAUACUGUGUAAAUAUGCCUCUUAUACAUACUGUUAACACAUCUUUUUUUUUUCUUUUUUUUUCUAUAUGAAAAUCCAGGCCACGUGUCUCUAGAUCUAGUUAUUACCUUAUUAAAAAAGAAAAAGGAAAAAAAAAAAAGGAUUCUCCCUCCCCCUUCUCUCUGUCUCGCAUUGUGGUUAACGGAAAGACAUGAGGAGGCUGCGGCUUCCAUAUCGAAAGUUUGCAUUAUGUUUAAAAGAAAAAAAGUUUUAAAAAAUUCAAAACAAUUUUUCUCUUUGUAUUUCUGUUGUGAAACAAAAUAAACUGUACAUGCAAACUUC